CAUACAAAUUUCCUGCCAAGGUUCAUUUUGACUUUUUCCACAGCCAUAAGGAACAUACAUGAAAGCAUAUCAAACAAAACAGCAGACAAAUAAACAAGUGGUAUAAAAUAAAGUUAUUGUUUCACUUUAUGAGAUAAUGGAUAGGGACUAUUCUCAUUGGUCCUUAGAAAAAACAGGAGACCCAGGUGAGAUGUAGAAGAAGGUGGUUUCCAGGUGUUAAAAUCCCCAUUAAAGAUGAGAUAAAAUGACUUGUUUUACAAAGGAAACAUUUCCAAUACAAGCGGAACUGACUCUUAUUUUGAAACGUGUAACCGGAAGUGUUGCGGGUGCACACCCGCUGACGUGACGCUGCUGCAGCCUCAAUAAGAGCUCGGUGGAAACAUGAAGUUGGACGCUGGAUCGUUCAGUAACGAUCUGAUUUAACUUGGUGACUUUCAGCGGAGCUUCACUUCACUUCCGCUCAGCCUCCUGUCACACCUCAACUCCCGCCAUCAGACUGAAUUCACUCCAACAUUGCCACAGCUGUUGAGAUGCCUUUUAUCGAGCACGUAUCGGACGCGGACCUGGAGCGUUUGGCUCUGGAGCGGGUCGUCCCGGCCCUGCUGUCCCACGGGUUCUGCCAUGUGGACGGUCUCCUCGGGCAGCUGGCCGGGGACGCGGUGCUGGAGCAGGUGAAGGAGAUGCACCGGUCCGGGGCGCUGCAAGACGGCCGGCUGGCCGGCUCCGUCCGCGGCAUCCACCGCAAGAGCAUCCGCGGGGACAAGAUCGCCUGGGUGAGCGGGUCGGAGCGCGGCUGCGAGGCGAUCAGCUUCCUGCUCAACCUCAUCGAUAAGCUCAUCUCCGUGUGCGCGAGCCGGCUCGGCAGCAAGGCGAUCCGGGAGAGGUCAAAGGCCAUGGUGGCGUGUUACCCGGGAAACGGCGCCGGUUACGUCAAACACGUGGACAACCCCAACUCUGACGGACGCUGCAUCACCUGCAUCUACUACCUCAACAAGAACUGGAACGCCACGGAGCACGGUGGCGUCCUCAGGAUCUUUCCUGAAGGGAAAUCCUACGUGGCCGACAUCAAACCGCUUUUUGACCGGCUGCUCUUCUUCUGGUCCGACCGCAGGAACCCGCACGAGGUGCAGCCCUCCUACUCCACCAGGUACGCCAUCACAGUCUGGUAUUUUGAUUCUGAGGAGAGAGCCGAGGCCAAGAGGCGCUUCAGAGACUUGACAGCGUCCUCUGGGCAGCAGGGCAGCAGCUCCGGCUGACUGUGAGGAAACGUCGCCACCUGGUGUUCGUCACCUUGAACUGCAGGACGACAGGAUUCAGCCUCUCACACCUUCUGGAAAAGCAAAACAAAAGAAAGUAUCUUCACUCUGUCCUGGACUCCGGAGGAGUCGAGAGGGUUUUUAAUUCUUCAGCAGAUGAAUUUGAAUCCCCUCCUCGCUCCGACCGGCGUCCAGGCCGGAGAGAACGACCCGCCUGCGCCGCGCUGAGCGCCGCUGAAACCUGAUGAACGAUGAGUUCAGGUGACCGGCAGCUGCUCGGGACUUUUCCUGCUUUUGUGCAACACUCUGUCUCUGCUGAUUCCUACUGGAGGGAAACAGCGGACUGCACCUUUAAGCUUCGCCUUCACCUCGCUUCAAAGAAGACGGAGGAGGAGAGACGGCGAGCGUUCAUCAACGUUAACAGACAGAGAGAAACUAGAGACAUGAUGCCUUCAGGGCUGUGGGACAGAAACGUUUCAUGCUGCAGCAUGUUCUUAAUAAUUCUCUAGAAUGAGAAGCGGGGCGUCAUGUGUUCAGUGAUGGAGGAACAGCAGAGAACUGUUUACCAGUAAAUGAAAUGAACUAUAUUAUUAAUACAUGAGUGGAAAACACGAACACAGGCCAGUGGUGAUGAAAUGACACAGAGAGGUGGAGUCAGUUCAAGAGCGUCAGAAACCAACAACACAACAUGAGCAUUCAGUCAGCAGCUCUGGGUAUCGAACCUUCGGAGGAUGUGUUUUAGUGAUUAGUGUCAGUGCUAAAUACUAAUGAGUGACCACAUUUACUCCAGUGCUGUUCUUAGUGCCGUUUUCAGGAACUUGUUCUGCACCUACUUCACUACAUUAUCUGACAACUGAUACAACUCAAGCGACUGGACUGAGGGUCGGAUGGAGCAGAACUGAAGGUGUUUAGGUCCCAGAAGGUUCUGAUUCAGGUCGAUUAACGGGCCAACUGGACAGUGUGACGUUUAAAGGUCUAAAGUUCAACAAGAUAUUCUCCCUUAACUCCACGUGAAACAGAUUCAACAUUUAUUAAGGCACGUUUAAACGUUUAAACAUGAAGCAGAAAAGCAGAAUGUGAAACCAAGUCAAGACAAUAUUUUAUUAUGUUGAUGAGAAACAGGAAUCAAUGUACAUUCAGCAUUGAUCAUGAACUGACAUGUUUACACUGAAAUCAGCUGUUUUUCUUUUGUUAAAUGCAGUUAUUGAUUAUUGGAUCUCCAUCAGUUUGCUGGUCAUCAUGGCUACACACAAAGUCACAAUAAUAAACUCAAUGAUGUAAAAUGACUCAGUAUCAAUAAAAACAAAUAUAAAGAUCAGAAAAGGA